AUAAAAAAAAGAAAGUCCAGAGCAGAAACCUUUUCUUACAGUCUCCAAAAUCUCUCUCCCAGCCCAAACACAAACACCACGCACAAAAAAAGCAUCACCAACACCUCUCCCCUCCCUCCCAUCCCACCACAUAGGGCUUCGUUCCCUACUGUUUUCUCUCAUCGGAUCGUCCUCCCAUUAUCCAUUCCACCACCCACAAGUCAUUCACACGCACCCCCUCAAACCCACUCCCCAAAAAAACCGUUUCUUUCUUGGAAACCCAUUUAGGGCUGUUGUUUCUUUUCUAUACAUAUGCAUGAUAUGCCCCCUUGACACUCUCUCAACAAUGACCCCUCCUCUUAAACCGAUCAAAAAAUGAGCAGAAACGACACCACUACUGACAAAAACGACGGUGAAGAAGAACAAGUAGUAGUAGUAGAAGAAGAAGAAGAAGAACAUUUUUACGAGUCAUUGGAUCGCAUUGCUUCCUCUUCUUGUUCUACUUCCAACUCCGACUCCGAUCCCGACCAGACCCGUUCCAAUUCCCCUCGUCUUAACAGCAAACUUCAUGUCAGUAAUUACGAUGUCUGGAUCUCUCAACCCGAAUCCAUCUCCGAACGCCGCCAACGCCUUCUUCACAACAUGGGUCUCAGCUCCGACCCCUCUCUUUCCCGCUCCAAACCCGAAACUACCCACGGUGAUUUUUACUUUAAACGCUCUGUCUCAUCGGAUCGUUUGAUUGCAGAAAAACUGAGUGGCUCGGUUUCCAGUUGUUCUUCUGCUAUCCACCGAUCGAAAUCAGACGGUGGUGGUGGUCGUUCUGUAGAUCAUGAUAAUGAUUUUAAUUCGUGUUGUUCUUCGUCUUCUGUUUAUUGUUCGCCUUCUUCCAUUCUUUUGCAAGAUUCAAUUAAUGUAAAUAGUGAUGACAGUAAUUAUAAUAGUAAUACUAAUAAUAAUAUUAACAACAGCAAACUCAGCAAUAAUGGAUUUGGUGUUGUUGGUUGUGGUAAAAAAAGCAAAAGCAAAAAUGGGGCUUCUCCGAAAGAUGGUAGUAGUAGUGGUAGUGUUAAUGUUGUUGUUUCGCCGAAUAAGCCGCCUUCUGGGAAACAACAUUGUAGUAACUCCGCGAAUUCUAAUGAGAAUUUUAAUGGGAGCUUGUCAGUUGGGAGUUCUGUGGAGUUCGCGGAGGAGUUGGAAUGUAGUGGGUCGGCGGAUGCGGAUGGGGCAGUGGCGGCCGAGGGAGAGGUGGAGGUUUGUACUAUUAAGAAUCUUGAUAACGGGAAAGAGUUUGUUGUUAAUGAGAUAAGAGAGGAUGGGAUGUGGAAUAAGUUGAAGGAAGUUGGGACCGGGAGGCAAUUGACAAUGGAGGAGUUCGAAAUGUCUGUUGGGCAUUCGCCCAUCGUGCAAGAAUUGAUGAGGAGGCAAAAUGUGGAGGAUGGGACGAGAGGAAAUCUUGAUUCCAAUGCUAAUGGAGGGAUUGGAGGUGGGGUUACAAAGUUUAAAAAGAAGGGUAGUUGGUUUGGGAGUAUAAGGAGUGUGGCGAAUAGUGUGACAAGGCAUAAGGAGAGGAGAAGUAGUGAUGAGAGGGAUACUGGAUCGGAGAGGGGAGGGAGGAGGUCAAGUUCUGCUACGGAUGAUAGCCAGGAUGUGUCAUUUCAUGGACCAGAGAGAGUGAGGGUGAGACAAUAUGGGAGGUCGUCUAAAGAGUUGAGUGCACUUUAUAAGAGUCAGGAGAUACAGGCUCAUAAUGGGUCUAUUUGGAGUAUCAAGUUCAGUUUGGAUGGGAGGUAUCUAGCAAGCGCAGGUGAGGAUUGUGUAAUUCACAUUUGGCAGGUUAAGCAGUCAGAGAGGAAAGGAGAGUUGUUGAUGGAGAAACCAGAUGAUGGGGGCUUAAACUUGUUGUUAAUUGCAAAUGGAUCUCCAGAACCUAAUCUGCUGUCACCACUUGUGGAUAGUCAUCUGGAGAAGAAGAGGAGAGGGAGGUCAUCUAUAAGCAGAAAAUCUCUGAGCUUGGACCACAUCUUCGUGCCAGAGACAGUGUUUUCUCUCACGGAUAAACCCAUUUGUUCAUUCCAAGGACAUCUUGAUGACGUGCUUGACCUUUCAUGGUCCAAGUCUCAGCACCUGCUUUCUUCUUCUAUGGACAAAACAGUGCGACUGUGGCACAUGUCUAGCAAAACUUGUUUGAAAGUCUUUUCUCACAGUGAUUAUGUAACAUGCAUCCAGUUUAAUCCUGUUGAUGAUAGAUACUUCAUUAGUGGGUCAUUAGAUGCAAAAGUUCGCAUUUGGAGCAUUCCUGAUCGUCAAGUUGUUGAUUGGAAUGAUCUGCAUGAGAUGGUCACUGCUGCUUGCUAUACUCCAGAUGGUCAGGGUGCACUUGUUGGUUCACACAAGGGAAGCUGUCGUUUAUACAACACAUCUGAGAAUAAGUUGCAACAAAAAUGUCAAAUUAAUCUGCAGAAUAAGAAGAAAGCUCAUCUAAAAAAAAUCACUGGAUUCCAGUUUGCCCCUGGAAGUUCAUCAGAAGUGCUAAUCACAUCAGCAGAUUCUCGAAUUCGAGUCAUUGAUGGCUUUGAUCUGGUUCACAAGUUCAAAGGGUUUCGUAACACCAACAGCCAAAUCUCAGCAUCCCUCACAACAAAUGGAAAAUACGUGGUCUCUGCUAGUGAGGAUUCAUAUGUUUAUGUGUGGAAGCAUGAAGCUGAUUCCCGACUUAGCAGAAGCAAAGGUGUUACUAUCACACGCUCAUAUGAGCAUUUCCUUUGUCAAGAUGUAUCAGUGGCCAUCCCAUGGCCUGGCAUGGCUGACACUUGGGGACUACAAGAUACUUUAUCAGGAGAACAGAAUGGCCUUGAUAACCAUCUUGAUGAAGUUUCCAUUGUCAAUCACCCUCCUACUCCUGUUGAGGAAGCAAGUAAUGAGGGUUCACAAUCUUUAACUGGGUGCACCAAUAGUCCCAUGAAUGGAAUUAUUUCUAGUGCAACCAAUGGUUACUUUUUUGACAGAAUAUCAGCAACAUGGCCGGAGGAAAAGCUUGAUUUAGCAACAAGAACAAGGAGUCAUCAUGCCAGUGUGGAUAUCUCCAAUGGGUUAAGCCAAAAUGUGUCUGCCUAUGGUAUGGUGAUUGUAACUGCCGGCCUUAGAGGGGAAAUCAGAACUUUCCAAAAUUUCGGAUUGCCAGUUCGAAUUUAAGGGGCUGAAAUGGCAGCCUCCGUGCAGGGAGUGAAUGAGUUGGCAAACCAGUACAGUCCAUUUUCCUCAUUGGCAAAAAUGUGUACAAAGAUAUUUGGCGAGAUGUGUAAUAUUAGCGAGUUCCAAUUCUUCUUCCCUUGUGCUUCAGCUCAUCCAAUGUUGAGUGCAAAUGGAUAGGCAUUCUGAUGAGCUUUGAGAAGAAUAUAGAUUUGUUAAACAACAAAAAGAGGAAAAAAAAAAUACACCGUGAAUUUAGAAACCGAUGUAUCUGGCACGUCGGGAAUUGUAGAGCUAUGAGCAUGGAAAAAAUCUUACUCAAUUAAAAUGAAAUUCUUUCAUAUUCUUGAAUGGUCAA